AUGGCUAGUUCUGUAAGAAUUGAUUAUAAUAUACAGAGAUUGUGCCGACUUUGUUUUCUGAUUGGAGAAAUAGACCUUUUUUCGACACACGAGGAGGCUAAAGAUAUUCAUGACAAAAUUUAUGAAUGUUUUCAAGUUAGCUUACCUUACGAGAAGAAUAAGCCUAGUUCUAUUUGUAAGACAUGUUUAGAAGAAUUAUAUAUCUCUCAUAACUUCAGAGUAAAAUGUCUCACUAGCAAUGAACGUUUUAAAAAAUAUUGGAAAGAAAUUGGGAAGAGCAAUGCACACAGAGAGGAAAUGUUAGCAGUUGCUUCUUCCAUUUCCUAUGAAGAGUCAGAUACUGAUAACAGCUAUUAUGUUCCAAAUGUCAAUCACAUUACAAAUAAUACAACAAAACAAGGUGGGAUUGUUAUAGAAACAGAUAAAUCAGAAUGUAAUUUUAAAUGCAACAUGUGUAAUAAGGUAUUGAAGACAAAAACUUCACUUGUAAAACACUAUACAUCUAUGCAUGAGAAAAGAAAGCACAUUGGCAAAGUAUCUGGAAAUGGUGCAGCUAGGAGAUAUCAUUGCACAGCUUGUUCAUACUCUACCCCACAUAGUCAGACUUUAGUUAACCACAUGAGGAGACAUAAUGGAGAGAGACCAUACAGUUGUGAGUGUGGCAAGAAUUUCACACAAUCAUCAAGUCUUGCAGCUCAUCGUAAAACACAUAGCACAGCACCAUAUUUUACUUGUGCUCUAUGUGGGAAACAAUUUAAACAUGCAUUUGCUAUGAAAAAUCAUUUAAGAGUCCAUGAAAAUGGUAUCUUUUCUUGUAGUGUUUGCUUUAAGACAUUGAAGUCUAAACAGUCAUUGCAAUCUCAUAUACGUAGACAUUACAACAUCUGCAAUUAUAACUGUGAAGACUGUGGAGACACUUUUGUGACGUCAUCAGAAUUGCUAAACCACAGAAGAAAACACAGCUUAGAAAAGAAUAUUGAAUGCCACUUAUGUGGGUACAAAACUCACACCAAAAAGAAUCUUAUUAUUCAUCUUAAACGGCACACAGGCAACAGAUCUUUCAAAUGUAACACAUGCCAUGUAGCAUUUUACACGCAAAGCAACCUUCAAAGGCACCAGCGCGUGCACACUCGGGACAAGCCUUUCUCCUGCCCUACAUGCAGUCAGAAAUUCUCCUACAGCCCCAGUUUAAACAAACACAUGAAAACCGUUCAUGGAGUUGACUACAAAUGGGCAGAUUUUAAAUGGAAAGGGACAAAAACUUCAAAAUUUAGUAUGAAAACUGAUGUGAUGACUUGUAAUAAAACAUAA